AUGGAGAUGGUAGCUGGGUUGCCUGAGUCCAUCGUCCAGUCUUUCCAUUCUAUUAUUCAGCUCUCUGCCACUGCUUUAGACUUCGGGUCAGAAUUUGCGAGCAACAAAACCCCAGAAGAAUUUGUGGCAGUCGUCAACAGAAUCCUACAGCUUCACGGAGGUAACAAGCUCGAGAGGCUUCGCCUGUACUUUUGCCCGCUCGACUUAUUCCUUCCCGACAUCAAUAAUUGGAUAGCAUUUUCGAUCGCGAAGGGAGUCGAAGCACUUGAGAUGAACUUUUCCAUGGGCUUUGAUCUGGCACCUAAUCAAUUCAGCAAUGGAGCUCGGUUUUUCAGAUUACCUGAUCAUUUGUACCCAUGCAAUUCACUCACACAUCUGAGUUUGAGCCACUGUGAAAUCCAACCACCUUUGGGAUUUACCGGCUUCAGUGGCCUUCGAUUUCUGUCUCUUGCCGAUGUGGACAUCACGAAUGAUGUGCUACAAUUCAUACUAGCCAACUGCCCAAACUUAGAGAGUUUGAUCCUCAGGGAAUGGCUGUCUCUUGAAUCGAUCGAACUGGUUGCUGAGAACCCCAGGCUUAGGAGGUUAGCUUUCGUAGAAUGCUGGAAUACAUAUCAAAUAGAGAUUUCUGCUACUCAUCUCCAGUCUUUCAUCUUCUAUGGUGAAUAUGCCUUUGGAAGCGAAUUCAACUUAUCUGAAAGUUCAAAUGUCAUUGUCCCAUCACUGGAGGAUGCCUUCAUCAGCUCCAUAGGCAUGGAACACACACAACCCUAUCAUGACUAUACAAUGCUGCUGUCUGAUAUUGCACAAGUCAAGAUCCUAACAGUGUGCUCGGAAACUCUAAUGUUCUUAAUCGACCAUAUUCAACAGCGUUUCACCAUCUACGAAGAAACCGAUGCUGCACUUUUGCUACUCGUGUUGCCGAAUCUGCAAGAACUGCAGUUGCUAAUGGACUCAAUGAACAGUGAGUACCUCAAAUACAUCUAUGGCUACCUCAGGCUCUGCCACACCCCACUCCUUGAGAAACUUUUUAUUCAACUUCCAUCAAUUCCUGAAGAUCUGACCUAUAUAUAUGAUCCAUCAGAAUAA